UAUCCCAAGAACCAUUGCGAGUACAUGCACCAGGAACACAGACAUCAUGGCGGACGUUUUAGAUCUUCAUGAAGCUGGCGGCGAGGAAUUUCCUAUGGAUGAGGAUGGUGAUGAAAGUAUCCACAAGCUGAAAGAGAAGGCCAAAAGAAGAAAAGGACGUGGUUUUGGUUCGGAUGAAGGUGCAAGAUCCAGAGUGAGGGAGGACUAUGACACAGUGGAACAGGACGGAGAUGAACCUGGUCCACAAAGAUCUGUAGAGGGCUGGAUCCUUUUUGUGACUGGUGUGCACGAGGAAGCUACAGAAGAGGAUAUCCAUGACAAAUUUGCAGAAUAUGGAGAAAUCAAGAACUUGCAUCUGAACUUGGAUCGAAGAACGGGCUACCUUAAGGGUUAUGCAUUGGUCGAGUAUGAGACCUACAAAGAAGCCCAAGCCUCCAUGGAAGGGUUGAAUGGCCAAGACCUAAUGGGCCAGCCAAUUAAUGUGGACUGGGGCUUUGUAAGGGGACCUCCAAAGAGCAAAAGAAGGGGAGGCCGGAGACGCAGCCGGAGUCCUGACCGGAGACGGCGCUGAAGCAUCGUGGCAACAGGGGUCAUGGGGUCAUCAGAAGGAUAAUCUUUUGAUUUUAGUCCUUGGGUUGGGUGCUUUUUCUUUGUUAUGUACCUGGAAAAAUGUUGUUAUAAUUAAACCAUGGUCUUUGGGUGUAGGACAUCUCUGACUUGGAUGGAAAUUUCGGAAAACAAAUGUUCUUUCUGUUAUGUAAAGACUGGUCUUGUCUACUUUCAUAUUUGUUUUAAAACAUUAAAACCUUUACAACUAAA